CAGGGACGGUCCGGAAGUUGGGUAAGGUUAUAUAUAUAUAAAAUGGAGAGAAAGAGCACCAGAAUUAAAAUAAAUGGUGUAUGCGACUCAAGCGAAGUUGAACCUCGGACUGGACUGCUGGUGGGGGCACCACGUGAUAGGGAACCUCGACCACUGACUCAGCAAGCCGCAAGAACAAGCACCAUCUUCGUCAACAGCCUUGGAAUCUCCCCGAAAUAUAUGGCCAAACAGCCCAAGAAGUCCCCCUAUUUCCCCCAGGAGCGCCGAAAUGCCGCUUCCUGCCUCCCGUUCCCUCCAAUAUCGGCCCAAUCUUUCGGCUUGAUCCAAGAGAAGCUCGCCCACGACCCGUUCCGGCUAUUGAUCUCAACGAUCUUCCUUAAUCGAACCCGGGGCGAAGUUGCGAUCCCGGUUCUAUACAGCGUCUUUGAGAGAUAUCCGACCGUCGCAGCCCUUGCAGAGGCGCAGGAAGAGGAUGUUGUCGAGAUGAUACGCUGUCUGGGAUUCCAGAAUGCCCGUGCGCGCAAAUGUAUUGCCCUUGCGAAGCUCUGGAUUGAUAACCCCCCAGCCAAAGGAAGACGGUAUAGGAAGCUACAUUAUCCCAACAAGGGCGACGGGCGUGAUAUCAAACCUAGAGAAUGUGUGGAAGACGGUGACGCACGGGUUGCCUGGGAAAUUGCCCAUCUUCCCGGCCUGGGCUCGUAUGCCAUUGAUAGCUGGAGGAUAUUUUGUCGUGAUGAGUUGAGGGGCCUGGCGAGUGACUGGAAGGGCACGGAGGCGUCUGAUGGAUUUGUGCCGGAGUGGAAAUCAGUGGUUCCCAAGGAUAAAGAGCUGCGUGGGUAUUUGACCUGGAUGUGGCUCAAGGAAGGGUGGGAAUGGGAAGUGGAGACGGGGCGUAGAAAACGGGCGAGCAAGAAGCUCCUCAGUGCUGCCAUGAAGGGAAGCAUUGCCGUUGAAACAAACGGCAGUUGGAUUCUUGAAUCUUCGAUGGCGGAAACGUCAAUAUAUUUUGAAAAAGCAAUUCAGGAUAAAUGAUAACGUAAUAAUUUUUUGUUCUAUAAAUAUAUAUAUAUAUGUCUUUCUGGAUUUAGCCAUGUUUAUAAAAAUC